UGUUAUUUUCAUUGCACGCGCUCCGCCGCUGUCACACGGCGCAACAUUUGUUCCGUUGGCAAUUUUCACCUCGUUCUAUUUCGGUGGCUCUUCAGUGAAAUAAUAACAUAAACUUUCAUCCUACCGGCUGAAAUGAAGUGUCACUACGAGGUGCUCGGGAUUUCGCGCACGGCAGACGCGGACGAGAUCAAGAAAUCGUAUCGCAAGCUUGCACUUCGCUGGCAUCCAGACAAGAAUCUCGACAAUGCCGAGGAAGCUAACCAACAGUUUUUACUCGUGCAAGCAGCAUACGAUGUGCUUUCGGACCAUCAGGAAAGAGCUUGGUACGAUAACCAUCGCGAGCAGAUUCUACGGGGAGGACACACGGACUAUGAAGAUAGUUCUCUGGAUGUGUUCCCCUACUUUACCACCUCGUGCUACAAAGGCUACGGAGAUGAGAAAGGUGGCUUUUAUGCGGUGUAUGCCGAUGUAUUUGACAAGCUAGCUACUGAAGAGGUAGAGUUUCUCGACACUGAGGAAGAAUUUGAAGCCAUACCAAAGUUCGGUAACUCGCAAUCCGAUUAUGAAUCGUUGGUCCGGCUGUUUUACGGCUAUUGGGAAGGGUUUUGUACCAAGAAAAGUUACGCUUGGCUGAAUCCGCACAACGUGGCUGAGAUACGUGAUCGCCGAAUUCUCAAGGCAAUCGAGAAAGAUAACAAGAAGGUGCAGCAAAAGGCGCGCAAAGAACGCAACGAGGAAAUUCGUAGCCUGGUGAUGUUUGUGAAAAAGCGGGACAAACGUGUGCAGGCGUACAAAAAGCUGCUGGAGGAGCGGGCCACCCAGAAUCGUUUGAAAUCGGAACAAAAGCGGCUGGAGCAGAUACGCCGAAAUCAGCAGGAAAUCGAAGAGCAGCAGCGUAACUCGUCCAGCUUUUUCAACGAUGCCUACGAGGAACAGUUGCGAAAAUUGGAAGCUGCCUAUGAGGAAGCUUCAGAGGAAGAGUCGGACGAAGAAGAUGAAGAAACGAACGGGCUGGAGGAUGCAAUGGCUGGGCUAAACGUAAGCCAAAACGAAAACGGCGAGGAGAGCUUCUAUGUAGACGAUCUGUACUGUGUCGCCUGCGAUAAGAUGUUCAGCAACCGCAGUUCGUACGAAAAUCACGAAUCAUCGAAAAAACACAAGCAAAACGUAGAAUUACUGCGAAAAGAGAUGCGUAAGGAAAUGGAACAGAACGACGUUAAAGAAUCACCGGAUGUGGAAGAUUUGGACGACGAGUGCUUAUCGAACGAGGAGCUAGAACAUCCGGACGAAGAAACACAUCCUGUGGACCAAGAAGAGGAGCAGAAAGUGACGAAAACGAAACAACAAAAAAAGAACAAGAACAAAAAGAAAGUACUAAAUAGCACUAUACCUGUGAUAAAAUCGUCCGACGACGAAGAAAACGACCCGGCAUCGGUGGAAGGCACCGAUAUGAUCGGUUUGCGUUUGGCUGGUCGUGCGUCUAACGUCAGCGACGACGAUAACGAUUGGACCGGCGGAGGUGGUGGUAAAAAAUCCAAUCGGAAAGGAAAAGCCAAGUCCAAAGGCUCAUCGGAAUCGAACCAGAAAAGUAAACCAUCUGCGAAAAAUACGAAACAUGAAGUACCACCAGUAGAAGGAGAAACGGCCACCUCUACUAAAACUGAAGCUACCCAAGCGUCGAAGCCUAUUUCGGAUGAUGAGAGCGCUGGCCCAACGGAGCAUGCAUGUGUAACGUGUAAGCAAAAGUUUAGCUCCAAAAACAAGCUUUUUGAUCAUUUGAAAAAAACUGGCCACAGUGUCUAUAUCGACAAGCUGAAGCCAUCCAAAGCGAACGCGAAAAGUGCGGAAGGAAGUGUGAAGGGUGGCAAGCGAAAAAAGGAUAGUAAAGCGAAUUAG